AUGAUCACCCGCGAGCUCUUUAUCAUGGUACUACCUAUCGACCAGCAGCAAAAUACCAAACAUCAAGUUCUGGAGGCAGAACAUGGUAUCGCGUCAGUUGAAAAGCGCCUAGUUCAGGAGAGGAAAGUGGAAUUUUAUCUUCACAGUCUGUAUAGGGGUGACAAUGCUCCUGAGAUAAGUGAAUCAAUUGAAGUGCUUAAUUCUGAUGACGAGAAAAGCGACCAAGACUCUGUGGCAGAGGAAACUGGCGAGGAUGAGCCAUAUGAGGGAUCUUUACAAAACUUGGAUCAAAUGAAACACUUUAUUCUGGAAAGUGCCGCCUACCAAAUCCUUCUUCAUCGGCUCGAAGAUUUUGUUCAACCCUCGCUAAACUCCUGGUUUCGGGAUCUGGUGAGUAGAUGGUCAAAUCCAGAACAUAAGAACUAUGACGAUGCUGCUCGGUAUAAAUUGCGGAAUCUUGUCGCAGAGUUACAGCACGUGAGCUCCUUCGAGAUUCAAUUUGAACGCGACAAAAUGUCCAGUGACCCAUUAUAA